AUGAGGUGGCUGGAAAUCUUAGGAGACUUCAACAUAGAGAUCACUUAUCGACCAGGUAGCAAAAAUGGGGGAGCAGAUGCUUUAACAAGACGAGGGGAUUAUCACCCGGGAAAAGGAAGUAGUAAGGACCCAGAUCUAAACAAAGGAAACUGGCUACAAUUACUACCCACAUACGAGAAACAUGGAUCGAAUUCGAUAGACUCAGAAACCCGACACAUAGUAAGAGGAGCAAUCCGAGAAGACUCAUUAUUUGGACUCAUCAAAAACGGACUCAAAGACUCAGAAGACAUAGCAAACAUACGACGACUAGGACUGCAAUUGACACAGACACAUAGCACACAGGACACACAGAAGACACAGAUUAGCAACGAGGCACCGGUGGUAUCAUGGACUCAAAGCGGAUUGCUCUUGUACAAGAAUAGAGUAGUCAUACCAGAGGGACAAGCAAGGUUAGAAGUAAUGAAAGCAAGACACGAUUCGAUACUAGUAGGUCAUCCAGGAAGAGACAAAACUAUCACCAUGGUCAAAGAGGACUAUUACUGGCCACAUUUGGACGAAUAUAUUGCCAAAUACGUAAAAGGAUGCGAGAUCUGUAACCGACAUAAGACUCAUCGACAUCAGCCGUAUGGACAUCUAGUCUCUUUACCAGUACCCACACUCCCCUGGACAGAUAUCUCUAUGGAUAUGGUGGGACCCCUACCAAAAUCGACCGAGUUCGACGCGAUACUAGUGAUAGUCGAUCGACUAACCAAGAUGGCUAGAUUCAUUCCAUGUACAACUGGACUAACAGCGAACAAAGUGGCCGACAUCUACAUCAAGGAGAUCUUUUCAAAACAUGGAGUACCUCGAACAAUUGUAUCAGAUAGGGGAACUCAGUUUACAGCGGAAAUUUGGAAGGAAAUAUGUCAGUUCUUGGGAAUAAAGAACUUAUAUUCGACUGCGUAUCACCCUCAAACAGAUGGACAGACUGAGCGAGUAAAUCAACAGAUGGAAAUCCUGCUUGGAAUGUAUGUAAACUACAACAUGGACAAUUGGGAUCAACUUCUACCAAUUGCUGAGUUCGCUUAUAACUGUUCGCCACAUAGUAGCCACGGUCUGUGUCCUUUUGAAGCUUGUUACGGCUAUGUGCCACACUACGACAUCCAUUCGCACGAUAUUCGAUCAAAGUCAAACAAGUUGGAGAAGAAAUGGAGAGAUAUGGGAGAGUUGCAUGCGACUGUUCAAGAACAGGUCAGGAUGGCAAAUGAAAUUAGUGCAGAGUACUACAACAGGAGACACAAGAGCAUACCAGAAGAAUUCAGAAAGGGAGAACAGGUACUACUAAGUACAAAGUAUCUUACGACGGAACGACCCAGUCGAAAACUAGAAGCAAAAUACAUUGGCCCAUUCAAGAUCAUAAGGAAAGUUGGAAAAAAUGCUUUCGAAUUAGAUCUACCUCCAGCAAUGAAGGUGCACAAUGUCUUCAAUGUCACGCUGUUGGAACCAUAUCCCAAGGAUAUGAUACCAGGUCGACAGAUACCACCCCCACCGCCUGUAGUAAUUAACGGCCAGGAUGAAUUCCAUGUGGAAGCAAUCGUGGACAGCAGAAUUCGACGAGGAAAGGAAGAAUUCAAGGUAAAAUGGUUAGGAUACACAGGAAAUGCGGCCUAUGACUGGGAACCACGAGAAAAUGUGGAAGAGUUGGCCGUUUUUGGUGAAUUUUUGGAAAAGAGGAAGAGGGACCCCAGAAGAAAGUGA